GGACAGAGGGAGGUAGUGCAGUUGGAUAGAAGAAAAAAAGAAGAGGCAAGAGACAAAAAAAAGAGUGUGAGGGGCAUGGCAGCGUAAAGCUUGGAAUUUACUUAUAACUGCUACAAUGCAAUGAAGAUUGAAGGAGAGGGACUGGUAUCUGUGUUUAUGAGCUAUGGUGGAAAGAUUUUUGCACACCAAUAGCAUAUACAAUCAACUCACAAAAAUAACGCGCUGAUACAGAAUUUCGGUUAAAACAGCAUGGUGUGGCAAUGAUGCAGUGGUCAUCUGAGUGGGCGGAGCAACACUAUGAUGUCUCCUCCACCACAUCACCCCCAGUUCACCCUAAGCCCCUCCCCUUUCCACAGCCCAGUCGUCCUGCGUUCUCAGGCUACACCGACGACAUCAGUGCCCUCAGUGCCUCUAGCUUGCUAAAACGCUAUGCCGAGAGGUAUUCCUUCAACUCGGCUUUACCAGAACAUGGGAGUUUCCUAAGAAGUGAGCAGCACCAGGAGCCAUGGCCUGGGGGGUACAGCACAGACGGGCCUCCUGGUUUAGACCCAUUGAAGGGGAGCGCAAGUGAUCUCUCAGAACAACAGUACAGCGGCGGUCCCACAUCUCAGGAUUACCCAUCAUCCUACAGCAGCCAACACCUGCUGCCUAAACCAUCCUAUCUUCCGUCGCCAGCGUUUGCCUUGCCGUCUGCAUACCUGCCACCUGCACCAGGCUACGCUUAUCCCCAGCAAUGCGGUCUGAGUGCUAGUUACCCUCAUAGCACCCCUUCUCUGCUGCCCUCGGGUCUACACACCCCCACACCUCUUCACAGCAGCCACGCUGCUGCCGAACUCCCACGCAACAGGAAGUUUGGCUUCGACCAGUCCAAAACUGCCCGAGUGUCACCAUACUCAAUCAGGGACAAGACCGAACGGCAGAACAGCGACAGUGGUGGGAAUGUCAAUGAAAGUUGUGGGACGGACCUCCAGAGCUACAGGCCCGAUAGACUUUCCACUCAGUCCGAUCUUGAGGCAGAUUCUGUGGGUAAGACCAGUAAUCUUCAGCCUCUGGAGACACGGCCUUAUGGAGGCCCAGGACAGUACACAUGUCCCUGAGUCUACUUAAUGUAUUCCAACGAUCCUUUUUUAUACAUGUUUAUAGCAAUACUUGAACCUAACAAACAUCAGGGCAAAUAUAAUUAUGGUAUAAAACCAUUUACGGACUGAGAAGAUAGAUGUCUCUCUUAUGCACGUUAGCAUUAAUUCUGACUGCAGCUUUAAUGAGACCUGUAGCACAGACACCCUUUUGUAUCCCUGAAAUCACUCUUUCUUUUUUUAUUCUCUUCCUUUCCUCUUUUACUCUCUCUCUCUCUAUAAUUAUGUUGUGCAGUAAAGCACAUUAU